UUCAUGACAAAGCACUGCAGCACUAUAAAAAAAAUCAGUGCUCGUGUUAUUAAUCUGCGUUAAACGAGAAAAUUGUGGAAGCUGAAUCUAGUAUCAAGAUGUUAUCUACAAAAGCUGAAGUCUGCGAUAUGGAUGAGUACAAAGAUGGUCUCGCCUUCCGAUUUAAAAUGCCCAAAAAGGACCUAUCUUUGAGAGGUGUUAGCAUUGAAGACGGUGUGCCUACGCUGCUUUUCAGUGUUGCUAAGAAAGUACCAAGUAUUCAGGAAGAAGAAGUGGCUAUGUGUAUUCGUCUGAGCCAAGAAAAUAAGCGUCCCGAGUUCUCCUACAACGGGUUUCUCCCUGACCACCCUCUUGCAGGAACUGGCCGACAAUUCAAGAAUUACAAGCCACUCUACACGAGACGCACUUCUAUCGGAGAAACUCUUGCUGAAAUUGACUGGCAAAUGAAGUGCCUAAUGGUUGGUGUCCGUAGUGACAAGAAUAAGGAGAAAUUCUGGUCAUGGACUGAAAAAAGCAAUGUUGAUGGUUUGGCAAGUUUCGAAAACUUUGAACGUGAUCCUUCAAAGGAUGGUGGUGUGUACAUGAAAUGCAAGCGAGUAUCUAUUUGUGAAGAUGCAAACCAGAUUCUCUUUGAAGGAGAACCAGAAAUGGCAAUUAAUUCUGUGAAAUAUCCAGCAUAUUCACGUUACAUCACAGAACAUUUUGAUUCAGUUGCAUACUAUGACGAGCCACUUUUUCUCAAAAUGAAGGAGUACAUAAAGCUUAUUCUUGCUGUUGAGUGGCUGAAAGAAAAAGGAGUUCACUUUAGUCAGAACUGGAUACAAGAGCAUACAGCACCCACGUACGAUCCCCCCAAGUCGUUACAAGUGGAACUCUCAGCUGAAGAAACCAACUCGUUAAAAGAAGAGGAGCUAAAAGAAGAGGCAAAGAAGGAAGUGUUGCAAGGCCUCUCCCAAUUCAAGUACAUACGAGUCCCUGAAGAACCCACAGUGACGGUGAAUAGCAAGGGUUUUGAAAUCACGUUGAAGCAAACGAUUGAUUUUUUUCAUGUACCUCUUGUGCAGAAGAUAGUAGUGAGAGCUACUACACAUGAUUUUGAUUUUCUCUACGAAGGUAUAGACCCAAACAUGCCUGUCACCCUUAACCCAGACACUAAAGAAACUAUUAUACCAGAAGUGAAAUCUUGGUCUGAGCUUAUGGGGGAAACUGAAUUCUUUCCUUGCAAAUGGCUACAAGAUCCUAGCAAUGUGAUGGUCAGAUCUCCAGCUCUCACUGGUGGCAUUUCAACUACUAAUAUUCCUGUCCAUCGAGUGAACAAGUCUGCACCUGUCCGAUCAACGCCAGUUACAGUGAAAGCAUCAAAGAAUCUAAAAGCUCAGAAAAUACAUACUUCUGCUGUACCAACACAGAAUGUAGUUAAUGCACCAUCAAGUAGUGCUCUUGUUAACAGGCCAGCUAUUGCAACAGGUGGAGCACAGUGGGUGCAUGGACGGAAAGAUGCUAGCUCAAGUGUUGGAAUGUCAAGAGAUGGAAUAACAAUUAAACAAUCAUCAAUACACGUUCACGGACAAAUAACACAGCUCAUUGACGGGAGGGAGGUUGGGCCUCGUUUGAGUUUACCCAUGCACCUCCGUCUCCCCCCUAAACCUGAAGCAUCAGAUAAUGAGGUCGGGCCUCCUUCCAUGCACCUCCGUCUCCCCCCUAAAGCUGAAGCAUCAGACAAUGAGGUUGGACCACCUCCAUCCAAGCACCUCCGUCUCUCCCCUAAAGCUGAAGCAUCAGACAAUAAGGUCGGGCCUCCUUCCAUGCACCUCCGUCUCCGCCCUAAAGCUAAAGCAUCAGACAAUGAGGUUGGACCACCUCCUUCCAUGCACCUCCGUCUCCGCCCUAAAGCUAAAGCAUCAGACAAUAAGGUCGGGCCUCCUUCCAUGCACCUCCGUCUCCCCCCUAAACCUAAAGCAUCAGACAAUGAGGUCGGGCCUCCUUCCAUGCACCUCCAUCUCCCCCCUAAAGCUGAAGCAUCAGACAAUGAGGUUGGACCACCUCCAUCCAAGCACCUCCGUCUCUCCCCUAAAGCUGAAGCAUCAGACAAUAAGGUCGGGCCUCCUUCCAUGCACCUCCGUCUCCGCCCUAAAGCUAAAGCAUCAGACAAUAAGGUCGGGCCUCCUUCCAUGCACCUCCGUCUCCGCCCUAAAGCUAAAGCAUCAGACAAUAAGGUCGGGCCUCCUUCCAUGCACCUCCGUCUCCGCCCUAAAGCUAAAGCAUCAGACAAUGAGGUCGGGCCUCCUUCCAUGCACCUCCGUCUCCGUCCUAAAUCGUGAUAGCGGAUACUCAAGAAUUGCAAGUACCCCUAUGUCUGAAUGUCGUCAAUUGCUCUAACAGAAAAAACUAUAUUUAUUUAGUACUGCUAUUGAUACUAUAUUGAUAUAUACUUUUAUGUAGCUCGAAUAUAGCGACACCUCACUAUAUAUAGUGAUGUAUAUAUUGCAACCUUUUUAGUUGAUUUUUUCAUGUGACUAUUAAUAGUAACGUAUAAUUAUUGUUCUUGUUCACACUUAUUAAAUUGUUAUGAUUAUUGAUAUUAAUUUUUA